GGGGUGUGCUUUCGCGGGAGUUGCUGCUUGUCUAGCCUGGCCCAGUUAGCCAUAUAUGCAUGCCUUUUUAAUAUUUUAAUACUGUAUUAAUCAGUCGUGCGGCUCGCAGGAUUGUGCAUAAGGUAACCCGUGCGAGGAAUUGUUGAAAAGACGUCAAGUGGCGUAAAGAAAGAUGUCAGCCUCCUCACAGUCAGCAGUGGACUUGAACAUCACUGAGGCGAUAGUGAAAGAGUCUGACCCUGAAGAGAGCCUGAUGGAUGAGCAUCAGAUGGAGCAGGAGGAGAUGGAGGAGGAAGACCUGGAUUUAAAACUACAGCAGGAUAUAAAUGUAGAGGAGGGAAGUGGACAGGAAAAGAGCCAAACAACAGAUCUGGGCAAAGAAGAAGAAACGAGUGUACAGGGUUACUUUGAACAUAAGAAGGAAGCUAUAGAAGUAGAGGAGGAGAAUAACGACGAGGAGGAGAAUAACGACAAGGUGGAUACAGCACAUUGUUCAGAAGAGCUAGUGAUUGCUAAAGUUGAGGACUUGAGGGAUGAAAUGCCAGUGGAUGUGGACCAAACUGAGGAUCGCAACGGAAACAUGAUGGUGAAUAAAGCAAAACAUUCUGAAAAACGAACAGCUGAAGGUGUAAAAAAUGAGACCAUGACAUUACCUGCUGGAAUGCAGACAAAACCAGUGUUAAAACACACCACAAAACCUGAGAUGAAAGUGGCCCAACCUGUGCAGAUCAAGGAUGAACCAGUGGAUGAGGAGUAUGAGAAAGCAUCUGAACCACAGGGCCCAAUGGAAAACAUCAAGGAUGAGCCUGACACUGCAGCCGAGUUUAACCAGACACCUGAGGAGUUUAAGAUCAGUGCAGUGUUCUCUGUGGGAGGAAAUGCCUCAGUCAUUGCAGCCACCCCGGCAAAGGCACCAUCAGUCCCUGCAAUAACCCUUCGUCCUCUGGCCCCUGCCUCCCUGAUGACUGUGGUCUGCACAGGCUGUAAAAAAGUCCUGGUAAAGGGACAGACAGCUUUCCAGCGCAAAGGCUGUUCUAAACUCUUCUGCUCGCCUCAUUGCCUCUGCAGCACCUCUACCCUGGUGGUCAAGAUACCACAGAAGAAAACAUGUCACUUCUGCCUCAAAGAGAUUCUUGACCCAAAGGAUUUGAUCAUUGCCCCAGUGGACGCAUCAGGGACUAUUAAGGAUUUCUGCAGUCAGGCAUGCCUUAGUGCUCUUAAACUCAAGUGCAGUGUGUGUAAGAAGACUGGUUUGGCUUAUACUCACGAAGUGAACCUGAUGGGCAUCAUCCAUAAAAUGUGCAGCAACACCUGUUUUAACCAGUUCCAUUCCUCCAAUAAGCUCACCUUGAACUCCUGUGCGAAUUGUGGCGGAUACUGCUACACUUCAGACAGUCAGAGUCCGACUAUGCAGAUAGAUGGUACUUUUCUGAAGUUCUGCAACCAAAACUGCCUCGCAGACUUCAAAAAGAAAAGUCUGAAACCCGUCACUUGCAAACUGUGUCAUACCAUGCGCCCGACUGCGGAAAUGGUGGACAGUCCAAACUCAGAGGGCAUCAGUGAACUUUUCUGUUCUGCUUCCUGUGUCACAGCGAGUAAAGUUCAGACUGUCAGUACUUCAGGUGCUGCAGUGGAAUGCGACAGCUGCAAGCAGAAACUAGUGCCUCAGUAUCAUCUAGCCAUGUCUGAUGGAACCGUUCAGAACUUCUGCUCAUUCCCCUGUUUAAUUGCAUUUCAGGAAUCCUUCAAUAAGACAAAAUCGAACAACCAGGUAAAUACGGUAACCUCUACGAGCAACAACAUAUCUAUACCAAAUCCUGCUGCCACCAAACCGGCUCUUGCAGAGUCCAGCUCAUCAACAAAGACUGCCGCUCCGAGUGGUCAGGUUCAAACAGUCACCAAGAUCCCCUGCUCUCAAUGUCUGCAAUCAUUCUUCCACAAGCCAGAGCUACUGGAGUUCAAGAGAAAGAUGUACGCUUUCUGUGAUAGCACUUGUGUUGAGGAGUUCAAAAGGAUCAACAACAUCAUGGCUCGCUGUGAAUACUGCAAGAUUGAUAAAGUUGUGAAAGAGGUGAAAAGGAUAAACAAGAUUGACCGCUCUUUCUGCAGCGAAGGAUGUAAGUUACUUUAUAAGCAUGACCUGGUCAAGCGCUGGGGGAAGAAACACUGUCGCAACUGCCUCUACUGUAGUGGCACAUGUCAGAGUGUUGUGACUGGUGUUUUCGCUAACAAGCAGGAGGAGUUUUGUGGGAAUGUAUGCUUACAACAAUACACCUUAUUGAUGCGUCAGGAAAUAAAGUGCACAAUGUGCAAGCAGGCCAAGAAGUUGACUGAGACCGUGAAGUGGCUGGGUGAGAUUAAGCACUUCUGCAGCCUGCAAUGCCUGAUGUUCUUCUGCAGUCUGCAGGGCACUACUGGGGCUGUCACCAAAGCUGCAAACAAACCUCUGCCCACACAGGGGACGACUCCAGUACCGCCUGCAGUGCCUCAAAUAACAGUCAAUCGUGCAUCACAGAGUACUAAAGAGGCCACACCGGUCAUUGCCAAUGUUAUAUCACUCUCAAGUGCACCUAAUGGACAGCCAGGUCUCUUGGGAAACACCAUUCUGCAAGGUUCUGUUCCAGCUCCAACUAUAAAAGUUAUAGGACAUGCCAGUACACAGACAGAUGCUGUAAAGGCUCCUGUCCCGCCACCCCGAAUCCUAAAGAACAAGGCCUUAUUAUGUAAACCCUUAAGCCAGAACAAAGGCACAUCCUGUAAACCCAAUGCCUGUGACGCAGAUACACAAACAGAAGGACCUGCCUUGAUGGUGCUUCCUGUACCCGUGCCAAUUUAUGUUCCAGUUCCCAUGCAUCUCUACUCCCAGUAUACUCCAAAACCUGUGGGGUUACCGCUACCAGUACCAGUGCCCUUGUUCUUCCCCACUACACUAGACAGUGCUGAGCGCAUUGUUGAGACCAUUCAGGAAAUCAAAGAGAAGAUCCCUGAUGACCCUCUGGAGGCGGACCUCAUCAUGAUGGCUGAGAUGGUGGCUGAGGAUGCAGAGAAGGAGAAACCUGUCACCUCUAGUGUCCUGCCUGGUGACUUAACGGAGGACCUUGAUUUUGAAGCCUUAUCCAGCCAUCUAACCUGGGAAGAAGAGGAUUCUGUCUCGUCUGCCCAGACAUGGGAUCAGACGUUAGAGUUUGAGAAGCCUACAUCCAAAUAUGUCACAUUGACACCCACCCCAUCAGAAGAGCCCCAGAUGGACCUGGAGACCGAUUUACCAAUCGAGAGCAUUGAACUUUUUAGACAGUCAGCCCAACAGGAACUGGAGAGAACACAUUCUGUCAAACAGAGAACUCGCAAGAGAGGCCGUGUCAGCUUCCAAGAAAAAAAACGGGUCCGCAAACGUGCAGAACGUGGGGCAGCCACAUCAGCUUCAGACACCAUCGCUAACCUCUCCAAACUGCAACAUGAGUAUGGCAUCAAUGCCUGGAAGGGCUGGGUACGCUGGAGAAACGCCCAACCCAACAUGGAGACUCCCAAAUUUGGCUCACGAAAUAUGACACUUAAGGAAGACUUGUUGAAGUGCAGCACUGCUGAGCUCAGCUUUGGCCUCUGCAAGUUCAUUUCUGAGGUUCAUCGACCCAAUGGAGAGAAAUACAGUCCUGAUAGCAUCUUUUAUCUCUGCUUAGGCAUCCAAAAGUACCUGUUUGAGAAUGAUCGGAUGGAGAACAUCUUUGCAGAUAUUUUUUACAGCAAAUUUUGCCAGGAUAUGACUAACAUGCUCAAGGGGUGGAAACCAGCUAUUAUGCCCAGUGCUAUGCAUGAGAAUCAACACCUUUUGCAGCGUAAAGGCAGAACAAACCAAUUGCAAUUUAGUAUGCAAAUGUUACUAUGAUGUCAUCACUGUCUGUUACAUUUUUAAUGCUGAAUAUUCUGUCAAUGUCAGUGGGAGAUUGUAAAACUUUAGUGUUCAAUUUCUUGAAGUAUAAAACCCAAAAUAGAUGGUCAGUAAUUUAAGUGUUUCAGGCUGAAUUAAUUGCAGAGGUUUAAUACUUGGGGCAGAGCUUUAAAACACAUAGUGUUUGUCAAUACAGUGUUCCCUUUCAAGCAUUGUAAUUGUUUGUGUUAGGGGUGUAAAAAUAAAUAUCGUAUUGUAUCGUACGAUAUGACACUCACGAUUCAGUUUCAUAUGUAUCUUACGAUACAUAAACACAUUAUAGUUUAAUUAAAACCAAGCAGCGCAACAUUACUCCCGUAAAGGCUGUGCUGAGUGCUCACAGGAAAGCAGAGCAACAUAUCUACAGUACAUAGGUGAGAUGAUCGAUGGCAAAAGGCAAGUAGAUUGUACUGUAGCAGUACAGCUUUUCGAAUUCACCAAACAACGGUAUCACGUCCAGGUGCUAUAGUACAUUAAACAUGUUGUUUUAUUUAUGCUGACAUCACUGCGCAAAUCAGUGGAUUUGCGAGGCAGAAACAGCAGCAGGAAGUUUAACAGCCGCUUCGCCCAGCUGACACUCAGCGUGACAUGCACAACAAGAUGCUCAUAACUGUCAAAGAACAGCUUAUUUAAUAAACCGACAACGUAAGAGACCCACGAUUACAUGAGACUUAUAAUUCUCUGCUUUUGACUUUGAAAUGUUGACCGCUUUGAGAACAACACUUGCUCGCAUUGGAUAAGCCGGUAAUAAUGGCGAUAAAUUUUACAUGCAAUGUGUGAAAAUUGUGUGUGCGCCGAUCGUUUUUUGCACAAACAGCUAAAUAAUAUUGGAUUAUGUACAUAUAUAGUAGAGCCACAGGUCAUGUUGCUCUCAGUUUGUUUUUUUUCACCACAAAAUAACAUUGAGUAUUUCCUUGCUACAGUCACUUUAGCUCGCUCUCUGGGUGCUUUCAGACAACAAAGCAUGACUUUCUAUAAAGCUGCUUUUAAACUAUGUUUAUUGUGAAACGUGCUAUACAAAUAUAUGACAAAUAAAUAUACAAAUAAAUGACUAGAGUGUAGACAAACUUAUUUUAUCAAGAAAUAGUUCAUAUUUUUUUCUCAUAACAGUCGAACUAAAUAAAUGCAGUGCAAUUAAGUUACUUUAUUGCAGUUUAGGUUACUUUAUUGUAGAACUCUGCUUUUUGUUGCCAAUGUCAGACACUGUUGUGUCAUUUAUGAUUUAAAAGACAUUUAUGUUGAAUCCUUGAAUAAGUUUGAGCGAAACAUUUGUGGGUGCUCGUAUCGUAUGGUAUCGUGAAAUUGUUGUAUCGUUACAUGCCUAGUU